AUGACGGAUUCCCCGACACCAUCGACCAGCAGACAUCACGACGACAAAUGCGACAAGCCCGAGAGAUCCGAUAAGACGGUGUUACUGCAAAUCCAGGACAUAAAUAGUCAGGUAGCGCAGUUCCGAGAUUUGCUCAUUAACAUCGGACAACCGCGCGACUGUCCGGAGCUACGUGAAAAAAUACGGAAACUGCGUCGCAACUGCGUGGAGGCUUGCAAGAGUACAUCUCAACUGGUACUGCCGCAUGUGCAAAGCGCUAUGGACGUCGGAAUACCGGUUGACAGUCCAAAUCUGGUGCUGUUGUUUUACGUGGCUCAACUCUUCUUACGCGAACUGCACAAGAGUAAAAACCUCAUAUCCAUCAUACCCAUGGAUAUGUCCGGAUAUUACGAGAACCGCGCUGGUCCCUCGUAUAUCGGCAAUGUGGUCUCGCAGAUCCUCCUGUGCAAACAGAUUAGACCGGACUUCAACGAGGAGGAGCUCUGCAGCAUCCGAAAGGACUCGGAAGAGAUCGGCCAGCUGAUAGCGGAGCUACAAGAAUUUAUGCCCCAAUCUGAGGCUGACACGGAGAAACCGGUGGCUCUCCACAAUCCUGGGAACAAAAUCAAUCGGAACAACGGAACACGGAGGAUGCACCGAUGGAGCAGCAACAGAGACCGACAAUCGUCCUACUUCCGCAACGGUUUCAGAUUUCUGUGCUGCGCCGCGAGUACUAAUUACGUUUAACGUACAUAUAAUUCAUCUCGAUUCAUUAAAACGUAAUAUAGUUCCGAUUAAUUUAAUAAUGAAUAAUUAAUACGCACUGAUAUUUUCCGCAGUGAUUUCAACGCUAAAUUCCCUAAA